AUGGCGGGCGCUCCACCUCCUCCCUCCCAGUCUCAGCCUCUCUCCGCCGAAGAGGAAGCGCUCAAGAGUAGCAUGGAUUGCGUUUACUUUCUUGCUUCGCCUUUAACUUGCAAAAAGCCUUUUGAUGGAUUGCCGGGAACCCAAACAGCAACAUCUGCUGGACCCUCUGUGCCUGUAACGCAUGUGCCUGCAACACAGCCUGCGAUAACACCUACCCCACAUGUUACUCCUCAUGCAUCUGCCAAACAAGGAGUGCCUUGCAUAUUUUUCCAGAAAGGGCACUGUGUAAAAGGUGAUUGGUGUCACUUUCUCCACGUGCCAAAUUCCUUGAAUAACAAAGCCUCAACAGUGGCAGGAACAUCAUCUGCUGCCGAGCCUGCAACUCUGAAGAAAGCUUUUAGUGGAACCGAAAAGCCUGUGCAAGAGAAGAAGGUGGUCCUACCUGCGAGUGUACCUAAACCUGUCAAGGACUCCACACGGGCAAAUCCAAUCGUUGAGGUGGAAGCUCCUCCUAGAAAUGAAUUUGCCGUAAACAGGAGGGCACCACAAACAUCAAGCCAUAAUGAUUUCCCUAGAUACAGAACUACUCCUCCUGUUACCAACGGAACUCCAGUUAGCUGGUCCAAUCGUGUUCAGCCACCUCACCUUUUGGACGGACCUGAAAGCAUGAACAGUAAGGAAGCAGAAGAAGUUUCAAGAGAGCCCUCUCCUGGAUUCGAUGUUCUCGUAGAUGACGAGGGAAGAGAUUCCGAUUACUAUCCUGGUGAAGAUAGAUAUGGAAUGCCGAGAGAACAUGAAUCCAGGAAUGAAUAUGAUAUGGGUCACUCUAUCGAUUACAACGCGAUUGCUGCUCUUGAUGAUGACAGAUAUCAGGACCCUGUUGGUUAUAACUCGCAUGACCACCACAAGGGGCAGUACGGUUGGGAUCCGCGUAGAGCUUCGUCCGAGAGGAUGUCGGGAGGAUCUUAUCACGAAAGGAGGCCACACGCCAGGCGUGAUAAUGUUAGUCAAGUGGAUGAAUUAGAUCUAAGGCACCGUUUAGCAAAGCAGAAGAGACAAAAUGGUUUAAGAUCAGUCAUUAGCCACGAACACGCCCGUGACAUGGAAGUGAGAGACCGGAGCUACCAUGGUUCUUCGCAUAGAGACGAAAAACAUUAUUCCUUGAAUGAGACUUCUCUCAGCAGUCGUCUUCGAGGAAGAAUUAGAAUGCCUGGAAGAUCAAUAUCUCCGAACGAAAGGGAUAUGGUUAGGGGGGGUGACCGUAGUAGAAGGUCACCAGUGAGGGCAAGUAUCUCCCCUUACAAGGCAGGGAUUCGAGACAAGAUACAGUCAAGGGUCGGAGAAGCUUUUAAUAACGGUGGGAGGAAUAAUUAUACAGGCCAGCACAUGAGAAGAGAUUUUGCAGGUGACAAUAAUAAGGCCGAUUUUGCUCCACCAAAGAGUCUUGCUGAGUUAAAGAACAGGAAAAAUGCCGAACCUAGCCGACGGCAUUUGAGCGAUCAACAGUCACUUGGCAAGAGAAAACAUUCUAUUCUUGAUGUCGAGCAUCAACAAAUUGGUGGAGGCGGCGUUUCGUUUGAGGGGCCUAAGCCUCUACAAGAGAUUCUGAAGCGUAAGAGAGGUGAAAGAAGUGGAAUUGCUGAAGAGGAAGGUAUUAUUACCGAUGAUAAGAAUGUGGAAGAAGCAGCAGAUAAGAUUGACAAGGAAGAGAGCAGUCCAGCCGAAGAAGGUAUACUCGUUGAGGACGGGGUGAAUCUCGAGGCUGAAGUGUACGAGCCGAGGGAAGGUGAGUCCGAUUAUGAGCAUGUGGAUGGAGAGGAUUAUGAAUUGUAUGAUGGUGAGAAUGGAGAAGACGAAGGGGAAUACCCUGAUGAAGAAGACGAUGGGGACGAAUUUGCAAAGAAAAUGGGUGUCAUGUACUAG